AUGAAAUGUCCAAUAGAGAAGCCCCAAUUCUCAGUGAACCAAAAGUGGAAAUACCCACCAACCAACAUAAUGAAGGUUAAGGUAGAUGCAGCAGUCCCACAUGAUAUUAAUGGAGGAGUUGGUGUUGUAAUUAGGGAUGAGAUGGGAAUCAUAAUGGCAUUAGCAAUCCAAGCAAUACCUUAUCCCUUUGAAGCACAUGAAGCGGAAGCAUAUGCAGCAUUUUGGGGGUUGAAUUUUAUAAAAGACUGUUGUUUCGCAAAGGUGAUUCUUAAAAGUGACAACACGGAAGUAAUGGGUGCCCUCAAACAGAGGUGUUUUAGUUCUUGUUUUGGAACCUUUAUCAUUGAUGCUAUUUCACUUAUUAAAAAUUUUAGAAGUGUGGAAUUUAGUCAUGUUAAGAGGGAAGGGAAUAGAGUAGCUCAUGAAUUAGCAACCUUAGCUCUUACUAAUCCAAAUUGCAUGUGGAUGGAAGAUGUUCUCAACCAUAUUCAGAAUUUGGCUCUGUUAGAUGUUCUUCCUUUUUCUGAAUGA